UGAAAUAUAAAUUUUUUUCUCUAGAUUUGUAGCGAGUGUGCUCGUGUCACUGCCGCUAGGCGCCGCUAUGAUUGGGGUCGGCGUGAAUGGUUUAACCGCUUGUAAACCUAGUCGGGGAAAUCAGUUUGAGGAUGGAAUUAAGCUAGGGGAUGAUGGAUUAUUGGCUCUAACUUCAGAUUCUAACUCAACAAUAUCUAGGCUAAGUUUAAGUUGGGCUGGAUAUGGAUACCUGGAUAUCCCUGUCUGGUUAAUCACUGCUGGAGUUCUCCUUCUCCUACUCCCCGUCGUCUACACAAUCUACGACAAAUUCUGUAAAUCGGAGACAAUCAACCCGGAAGGAAAAAGUCUAAGCAAUACCAUUGUUGUCCUCUACCUUAUGUUUGGUCUGGUCUGGGCUUUGGUUGGGUUCCUUUGGAUUUUUGGAACACAGAACCAGGAGGAAUGUAACCAGGAGAGCGGAACCUAUAAGUUCGCGUUCGCCUCCUUGAUAAUCCUGAACGCUCUGAUGGAUAUUUAUAUAUGUAUAAAGAUAUCUGUAGUCCUAUACUGGGCUCUACUCACAGAGGAAACAUAAUCUCAAACCUGAAACUCCUUGAAAUCCAGGAGCUCCUGAAACUCUUGACCACCUGAAGCGAUUGUGUAUCCUUUGACCUACGCUAAUCCACUAUACUCCACUUCUUACCUACGCCAAAUCCGAUAUACUAAUCAUCCUACCUACUAGCACUUGGUUUUACAGCUGCCAUAUGGACUUUUGGCCCCAGCGCCCGGCCCCCUAGCGUAUCCUAGCCGCGGUGCUCGACCCCCUAGCCUGUCCUUGUCGCAGCGCUCGGCCCAGAAAUUGUCUUAACCUAACCUAACCCUCAAAUAAUACAAAAAUAAACAGCUGGCUUAGGUCCGAUAUUGACGGAGGUCGGAAAGUUAGUAGGUCAGAAUUUCAGUUGGGGAUAUUUGCGCAUAGACGAUGUAGCAUUAUACUUCCUAGAACUCCUGAAAAUUGUAAUUCUGGAACAGUUCCAAGAACUCCUGAAACUCUUGGAACGCUUUACAACAUCUCAGUCAAUUUUAUAUUUACAUUCACAUGCUGUACCAGCACAACUCCUUGACCUGAGCUAAGAACUUUUGAAUGAGACGGAGUUAAGUUUAACAGAAAAUUUUCAAUUUAGGAGUAAAACUCAUUAGAUUUGUUAUUAUUUUCUGAAUCUGUCAUUGGUGAAAUUUCUGACUUUUGACCAAUUUGAGAGGGGUUUAAAAAAGGUCGGAACCCAGUUUCAAUAACUCCGCCUAUUCCAAAGUUCUUGGCACUGUACUUAUAGCUUUCAUACUAAUAAUAGCUUUUAUAUUUCUACUAAUAGCUUGUACCAAUUCACAAAUUAUUUAAAUAAUUUUGAAGCUUAAAUUAAGAAAAUAAUACAAACUAAAUUUAUUCACAAACUUCUGCUACAAGAAGAUUAACUUAGAUUCAGUUUUGUUUUACGUUAAAGAUUUUAAUCGACUAGUUUUACGGUUUUCAAAAACUUCUUUAAAAAUUAAAAGACUUUUACCGUCACAAAGAUAUUAGGUCUUUCAACCGUGAAUGCGUUUUGACGCAUUUACAUAUUUUAUAAUUUUCAUGUAAAAUAACAAAGUAUUUAACUUUGUUUGAUUUGGCUGUUAAUUUGAUCUCAAAUUAAGAAAUUUUAAAUUCCAUAUGAUUUUAGUACGAUUUGAAUCUUUACAUGAAAGUUUUUAUUCCUCGAAUGUGUUAUUUGAUUUGUUUUACAAAGCUUGAUUUUUUAGAAAAGUUAGGUCCCUUCUUAUUUUAAUAUUUACAAUAUGUUUGUACAAACGCCAAAGUUGAUUGUCAUAGAAUCUAUUGUAUUUAAGAGUUUAUGUAUUGUUAACAAACCUGCACAGAUCUGUAAUUUAUUUUAACAUAUUUAAUCUAUUUUAUAAAUUUGUUAAGACUAUAUUUUUCUUGCUUAAAAAUAGUUUUAAAUUAUUAUGAUUCGUAAUCGGAAAAAAAGGGUUGGCUGAGAAGACUAAGAAUUUAUAUAAUAAUUGAAAUGGAUCCAUCCGCCAAUGGGCUGUCUGAAAUGUAUACGCCAAUGGGCUGUCUGAAAUGUAUACGCCAAUGGGCUGUCUAAAAUGUAUACGCCAAUGGGCUGUCUGAAAUGUACACGCCAAUGGGCUGUCUGAAAUGUAUACGCCAAUGGGCUGUCUGAAAUGUAUAAGCGAAUGGACUGUCUGAAAUGAUAAAUUCUUAAACUAAAUUCCGUAUCAGUUAAAAACUUAUUGCAAUCUACAUUACAAUGUAGCUUGCACAGAUCCGGCAUUCCAAUCCUGUGCCUCUAAUCUCUUAUUUUUAAACUGAAUUUAUGGAACAAGUUAUUGCCUAAUGGGGUGCUUUACAAUUAAACCAGGCGUUUUCUUCAAUCCGGGUAUAUUUUUCUAUUGUACUGUCAUCUUCAUAUUUGUUUAUUUACUCUCUGCGGUAAAAAUGGCACUAUUGCAACAUGUACGCUUAUUUACUUAUGCAUGUACACUGGAAACAUUUAUCAAGCUAUCUGAUUGGUUGAUUGAUUGGUUUCAGA